UAUGCUGGUGAAGAUCUAAACUGGUUAAAGAGAUUAAGCAGUCAGAGUGUAUCUCAGCAGCAGCAGCAGGGUGAUCUGCAGUGAUCAGAGCAGAGGAAAGGCUUGAGCUCCUGUGUACACAGUGCAGAUCCGGGAGCUCCACAGCGCCAGAGACUCAGCGCGUCCCCGCCCCACAGCAGGCACAGCACGGCCAGCUCCAGCUCCGAGACCCGGGACCCGGCUCCGAGACCCGGCUCCGCUCCUCAGGUUCAGAUGGCGACGGUGAGCGAGUCCCGCCUGCAGCAGCCCUCUCAGAAGGAUGCAGCGGAUCAAAACUUCGACUACAUGUUCAAACUCCUCAUCAUCGGAAACAGCAGCGUGGGCAAGACCAGCUUCCUGUUCCGCUACGCAGACGACUCCUUCACCUCGGCCUUCGUCAGCACCGUGGGCAUCGACUUCAAGGUCAAAACAGUUUUCCGCAACAACAAGCGGAUCAAGCUACAGAUCUGGGACACAGCGGGACAGGAACGCUACAGGACCAUCACUACAGCUUACUAUAGAGGAGCCAUGGGUUUCCUGCUGAUGUAUGACAUCACCAACCAGGACUCCUUCACCGCUGUACAGGACUGGGCUACACAGAUUAAGACGUACUCAUGGGACAAUGCUCAGGUGAUACUGGUGGGAAAUAAGUGUGAUCUGGAAGACGACCGACUCAUUCCAACAGAGGACAGCCAGAGACUGGCAGAGGAGUUAGGGUUCCAGUUUUUUGAGGCCAGCGCCAAAGACAACAUCAACGUGAAGCAGGUGUUUGAGCGGUUGGUGGACGUGAUCUGCGAGAAGAUGAAUGAAACCAUGGAGGGAGACGGGAGUCAACUCGGCAAUCACAAAGACCCAAAUCUACAGGACAAUGCUAACGAGGGACAGAGCAGCUGUGCCUGCUGAAGACCAAGACCACCCUAGUUCCCUAGUUCCCUUCUUUCCUUGAAUACCAUGCCCUUGCACACUUGAUCUAAUGGAAGAUUUGAGCUCAGAAUUGCACUUUUGGGAUGAAGUCUAAAGGAAUAGAUUUUACUUAGUGCUGAAAACAUUAGAAUCUCCUCCAUGUUUCUACACUAUAGAUUGUAAAGUCCUGUAUCUGUUUCAUUUCUCUGCAUACUUUAUUAUAUCUUCAAUUCUUAGAACUUCAAAGUAGAGAAAACCACCACAGAGAAACUAUUAUAUAGGUGUAGGGUCUGUAUUCGUUAUUCUCAGCACUGCAGUGAUUAGCACUGAUUAGCAUGGUGGUGGUUGUAUGACGUGUUAAGCCCUAUCCAGAUGAGAUUAGUUUCUUAGGGGGUUUUGGGGUAAUUUUCUCUUUUAUGGGGGGCCUCUGUGAUUUUAUUCCUGUCCAUAACGACCAUGUAUGUGUCUGAGAAAAUUACAGGCUGAAUUAUCUACUGUUUUUCGCUGAACUCUGUGGUCCUCUGGUAAUUUUAGUCCUGUUCGGACGCACAUCUCUGAAUUUUGUUGCAUUUCGUUUAAUAAAAUAGCUAUUUGUCCACUGCCGCGCACCGUAAUUACACUUUGGGCGCAUGUUUCCAUGGAGAUCCAUGUAAAAACAAAACAGCGAGUGAAAAAAAGGAGGAGCUACUGAACGCCGCGAUGUCAUGUGAACGAGAAAGCCUAAAACUCACUAGUCCUGUUUUUUCCAUUUUUUUUUUGUUUUAUCACCGAAUAGAAGUGUGAAUUAUUUUAAAAAAUAUUUUUCGCAGACGUCCUCCUGAGAAACUAAUCCCGUCCUGACAGGGCUUUAGUGUUUGCUGUAUGUUGUAUGAGUGGAUCAGACACAGCAGCCAGUGCUGCUGGAGUUUUUAAACACUGGACAGAAGAGCUUCUAGUCCUUUACCGAUGUCUGCAGGAUGCUGUUGUUUGUAUAUUAGUUUGUGCACUAUUCUCAGUCCAACAGUGACACUAAAGCCCUAUUUGGACGGGAUUAGUUUCUCAGGGGGACGUCUGUGAAAAAUAUUUCACACUUCUACUUAAAGUCAUAAAACUCUUGCAUCUGGACUGCAAUUGGAAAAAAAACAGGAGGACCAGUGAGUUUUUAAAGCUUUCUUGGUCACAUGACAUCACGUUCAGUAGCUCCUCCAUUUUCACUCGCUGUUGUGUUUUUAACGUGGAUCUCUGUGGAAACGCGCUUCCAAAGUGUAAUUACAGUGCGCAGCAGUGGACAAAUUGUUAUUUUAUUAAACGCGAGGAGACGAAACUCAGAGAUGGCAGUCUGGACGGGAGUAAAAUUACUGGAGGACCAAGGAGUUCAGAGAAAAACAGGAGAUAAUUCAGCCUGUAAUUUUCUCAGAGGACGUCUGAGAAAAACACGUACAUGGUCGUUCUGGACAGGAAUAAAAUCACAGAGGACUCCCUAUAAGUGACAAAAUUACCAGAGAACCCUCUGAGAAACUAAUCCCAUCCAUAUAGGGAUUAAGAUGUUUAAAAACUCCAGCAGCACUGCUGUAUCUGAUCUACCAACACCUCCCAGCACAACAACACACACUAACACCUCAUACACCACCAUCUAAAAGUGAAAGUAUACUAAUAAUAAAGUAUGCAGAGAAACUACAGUCUCAGAGAAGGACUACAGUCUCAGAGGAGCUAAUAUAACAGACAGUGAGUGAUUAUAUUUGAGUGUAGAUCUUCAGCAGUUGCUGCCAGUAGGCCCUGUAGCUAGAGGAGAUAAACAUCUGUCCAUCCACACCCAUCCAUUCUCUAACCAUCCUGUCCUCUGUAACCUCUCUCCUGGGCUUAUUACUGCUCCUCUCUCCCCCCCUAUCACCCCCACCCCUUACCCCAGAGGGGCUGGGCUUGGGAGAAAUCUGUGGCUUGGCCACCAGUGGGCUUGUGCUUGACUUGUGUGCCAUCAGAUAGCCCCAAACUGCCACUUUCUGCCUUGCAUGGUUGGCCUGCUUUCUGCACCCAUUUCUUAUUAAAAUAUAGCUUUGGAGGCUGGCGAUGAAUCUUGAAGCACAGUACACUGUCAGAUUAAUAAUGCUGCGUUUCAUUUAUCUAAGAAUUUGAAUGUUGGAAAGGGGAGUGAGGCCACAUCUGAGUUUAAAACAUUUCGAAAAACAGUUUUUCAAUCAUUUACUCCUGUUUUAUUGAAAAUCCAGGCAAAAUACAGUUUGGACACACCUUAAAUUCAGUGUUUUUUCAGUUGUAAAAAAUGUUCUGCAUUGUAGAUUAAUACUAAAUAGCUUAUUAAUAAAUGAAUUAACGAAUGUAUAAAGUUACACCUUUUAUAGCGGCUUUCUAGAUACCCUAGAACGCUUUACAAUGUACACGAUUUACACACAACCAUUUAUACCUAGCACUCAUCCACACACUGCUGAGAAGCGGCAGCCAAUAGCGCACAGCAUACUCUCAACCGGAAACAACCGUCCACCUGGAGGACUGCAUCGAGCACUACAGCAUUUUACCCAGGACAUAGUACCAAUACAUUUACACACACACAUUCCUAUGCAUACUUAUACAAAUCAAUUUAGUGUAUUACAUUUUUCAUCUAGAUAAUUUAAGAGUAUUCAAUUUACCUGAUCUCCAUGUUUUUCAACCCAAGACCCCAGUGAUGGGAGGUGAACUGCUAACCACUAAACCAAUGUGCCGCCAAUAGAGUGUUUAAAGUGUUAAACCAGAAUAUCUCGGUAUAUCUCAAUCAGUUUUAUGAGGUAGAGUCACCUGGAAUUCAAGCUUUCAGUUAACAGCUGUGCUGAACUCAUCAAGAGUUAACUAUUUGAAUUUCUUGUCUCUUAAUGUUAAGGUUUGAGAGCUUGUAAAGUUGUAAAGUAGUGAAGAGGUAGAGUUACAGGUAUAUAGAGAAUAGUGAAUAUUUGAGUAAUGUUCUAAUCCAGAUUAUGAGAAGCAAGAACUUCUUCCUUAAGUAAAGAUAAAAAAAAUGUUUUCAAGAACUUAUUCAAAGGCAGACCAUUUAAAAAAACGUUAUGAUGAUGGAACUGGCUUUCAUCAGGACCACCCACGGAAAGAAAGAGUAAGAGUUUCCUCUAUUGUACAGGAUUAGUUUAUCAGAGUUACCAGCCUCAGAAACCACAAGUUAACAGCUUCCCAGAUAAGUUACUACAUGAUUGCUUAUGUGUUCUGUAUAUGUCUCACUUUUUAGGUCCCAGGUUAGCAUUGUUAGCAGUACCAGUUGAUAAUGCUUUAUACAGUUUUUUUUUUGGGCAACCAAACACCAUGAGCUGGGCUCCAUCUCAGUUGAUCAGGUUUAGAUUAGGGAAUUAAUGUGGAGGACAGAAACUUUUAUUUUACUUUUUACUAUGUAAUUCCAUAUGUGUCCCUUAAAACUCAGAUAUUUAAUAUAAUCUACAAUGUAGAAAUUAAAUUACAUGAAUGAGAAGGUGUAUCCAAACCUUUUACUGGUACUGUACAUCAUAAUUACUGUACUAAAAUAAUAUUUGUACAGCUCUUAUCUCUUAGCUCCAUAUUUAUUGACCAAAAGAGUCAAUUUUGUGUGGAGGAAAAGCCAAACCACAGACAAAAAUCUCUCAUGUCAAAAAAUAUUCAGAUAUCACGAAUUCAUGUCUAGUCAUUCUUUUGGGCCAUUCACAAUGAAAUUUGGUUGCAAAAUAAAGAAUAACUCUCAGAUGCACAUCAUGUAAAUGGUUACAAAUGAAGAUAAAGUAUUUAUUAGCUGAUUUAUGAUUAUAUAAGGUUUGUACAUGGCUUUACUCACUUGGGAACACUUCAGUCAUUCAAUAUAACAUUAAUAAGACUUGUUUGAGCCUGGUCAGUACUCUGUACAAUCUCACGCAGUCCGACCCCCUUCCCCCUUUAUUUAUUCCUGUCACUCGCCCCACCUCCAGUGCCAACCGUCCGUUAUGACCAGUUGGUGGCUCUCAGUAGAGAUACUGUGGCCUUGCUUUUCUUUCUGAGAUCUCUUUUUUUGGGUGCCACUUUAAAAUAAGACUUUCCUUAUAAAAAGUUUAUAAAUGGUUUAUAUAUUACUUAAUUCAUUAGUAUUGAUUAGGUUGUAAAUGCCUUAAAACCUUUGAUAAGCAGUUACAACACAUCAGUUGAAAAGACAACUGUGAUCUGUGGUUUAGUCAUUUAAUUCAACUAUGUCAUUUAAUUAAUAGUAAAUAGUUAAACAUACUUAUAAAUAUAUUAAUUAUAUUAUAUAAUUAAUAUAUUAUAUAAUAUUCAUUCAUUUUUAGCUCACUGUUGUCAUUUCUAUUUAUGCAUAGUUAUAUAUUUACUGCUUAUUACCUGCUUAUUUAUAGGCUUUAAAGUAUGUCCAACCUAUUUAAUAACCAAUAAUAAACUAAUUUAUAAACCAUUUAUAAACCAUUUAUAAAGCUAGUCUUAUUUUAAAGUGAUUCCAUUUUUGUUAUGUUCUUACAGUUUGGCUUGAUAUCGUAUUCAUACUGUACUAUAAAUGUAAAUUCUUUUUCGUUUUGUUAACACUAGCCCUUCCCUGUUUAUAGCAUGUUUAGACCUUCCAUUAGUUUCCAUUCUGUUUCACAUCAAGGCUUGAAAGAAAAGUAUAAAGGAUUGUUAAAAGAGCUGCCAUGUGGUUUAUAAGUAUUUAAAGUAGUCAUACUGUAUUUAUUCAGUGCCUCUGUGGCAAAUUCUGGAAUGAGGCACCCAUAAGUCUGUAUUCUCUGGAAGUUUCUGUAUUGAAGAUUCACUGUACUUAUAAUAUAUAAUAUAAUAUAUUGAAUGGCUUGGGCCCUAUCCGGACAGAAUUCGUUUUUCAGCCAGAGGGGUCCUCUGUGACUUUUAUUCCCAUCCGGAACGACCAUGUGUGUGUUUUUCUCAGACGUCUUCUGAGAAAAUUACAGGCUGAAUUAUCUACUGUUUUUCACUGAACUCCGUGCUCCUCCGGUAAUUUUAAUCUCAUCCAGACGCACAUCUCGUUUCCACGCAGAUCCACAUAUAAACACAACAGCGAGUGGAAAUGGAGAAGCUACUGAACGCAAGGUCAUAUAACCAAGAAAAAACUCACUGGUCCUCCUGUUUUUUUAAUUGCAGUCGGGAUGCAAGAGUUUAAUCACUAAUUGAAGUGUGAAAUAUUUUUCACAGACAUCCCCCUGAGAAACUAAUCCUGUCCGGAUAGGCUGGAGUUUAGCUUUGGUCCAGGAUUGGCAAUUUUAUCAAGUAAUCAAUAAACUCAGGAGUUGAAUACUUCUGCACUUAAUUUCCUUUUAAUGUGACCUAUUUAAUCUGACAUUUGUCUAAACAACUGACUGACACUCUAAACACGCUAAAGAGCAGAGCUUCACAUAAAGUUUCGGUUUCAUUUUCUGCAUCAUCACAGGAGCUAUCAAGGAGUUCUAGUGUCUUAUCCAGCUGGCCUAUCACCGAAAAUGCACUUAAAGGAGAACUUUAGUGUAAAAUGGACUUUUGUUGUAGUAAAACAUGAUAAAAAGUACUUACCUUUGAUUAAUAGCACACCUCCGUUCUCCCACAGCAUUCAGAACACCCUUCAGACUGGGAGACACGGGGCAUAAUUUACCCUGAUAAAUCACUUUUUACACCGUUAUCCAGCUCAUAGUAGCUCCACACCUCCUUGCUAGAAUCUGGAGAGCCCUGACAUUUAAAACAAGGCAUUAAUAACUUAAAAAGUGCACAAGAAGCUUAUUAAAAAACACUGUUUACAUCCUAUAACACUAGCUUCAGCUCAGAGCGCCACCAUUACUCCUGGCACCGGCUGCUACGCUAAAUGUCUAUGUAGGGAGUUUUAAGUACUUUUUAUCAUUUUUUACUACACCAAAAGCCCAUUUUACACCGGAGUUCUCCUUUAAGUUAAAUCCUGGUAAACCAAGAAGCCCUGCUUUGUAAAAUAUCUCCUAGCUUUAGUGGAUUUAGUGUUUAGGAGCAGUGAAUUGUCCCUCCAAAGAUCAGAAUUAGACAAACCAAUAAUCAAAAGAAAAAGGAAACCACAACUUGGAGCACCUUUCAUUCUUGUGAACCCGUUUGGUGUUUUAAACCAGAAGUUUAUUGUGUAUAUUUUUCUUUAUCAGGAAUGUUGAAGUAUAGAAAUGAAUGUAUGAACUGUUUGCAAAGUAAAUAAAAUCUUUCCUUUGUUGAGAUUAA